GGGGUAAAUUGCUCGCUACGUUACACGAUUGUGGUUUACCAUACCCCCCUCUCGUCUGGUCUCUGAUGUCGUAUGGUAUCGGUCGUACGUACUCAAGUUGCAUUCCAUGACCAUGUUGAGCUGAGCUCGCUGAGCAUGUGAUUUAGCCAGAGUGAUCCACAAAAGCUAUCAAUAGAGUGUAACUGCCGUGUAAUGUUAGACAGCCAAAAUAAAAAACAGGGUAGAACCACAGACUCGCAAUAAAAUGUUCUCAAAUAGACCAUGCAGUAUACUGAUCAGCAGGACCCCCUGUGUGGCAUGCCAUAUAUGGAAGGUGUCGGCUCUUGGGUUGCUUAACAACCACCUCCCACAUCCCCAACCCCAUUAUCAUCAUCAUCAUCAUAUGGUAGUGCCUAAGAGAUGCUUGCAUAGAACGGCAUCCGUGUUGUCCAGUAGCAAACAGGUGUCUUCAGCGAAAGUGAAAUUCUUUCAAGAUGAUACAUUACUCCCCUUUUCAGCUUUUUUAACGGAUCCUUUUCAAAGACAUCAUAAUUACCUUAGAAUUUCAUUAACGGAAAGAUGCAAUUUAAGAUGUCAGUACUGCAUGCCUGAGGAAGGGGUCACCCUCUCGCCUAAAGAGAGACUUUUAUCAACAGAUGAAAUCUUACAUCUAGCUAAAUUGUUUGUUAGUGAAGGAGUGGAUAAAAUCAGAUUAACGGGAGGCGAACCAUUAGUCAGAAAGGACAUUGUAGAUAUCAUAGAGGGCCUGAGGGAGUUGAAGGGUCUUAAACAAAUUGCCAUGACAACUAAUGGAGUCACCUUAGCCAAACGACUACCACAUCUCAAGAAAGCUGGUUUAGAUCUGAUCAAUAUUAGCAUAGAUACCUUAGUACCACAGAAGUUUGAAUUUAUAUCAAGGAGAAAAGGAUGGCAUCAUGUGAUGAGAGGAAUAGAGGCUGCCUUAGAGCAUGGAUACGACCCAGUCAAGGUCAACUGUGUUGUGAUGAGAGGACUCAAUGAAGAUGAACUAUGUGACUUUGUUGCUCUCACCGAGGAAAAGGCAUUAGACAUCCGUUUUAUAGAGUACAUGCCAUUUGAUGGUAAUCGAUGGAAUGACAAGAAACUCUUCACCAAAGAUGAGAUGGUUCAGACUAUUAGAGAGAGGUGGUCUGACUUUGGUCCAAUAGAUAAUCUUCCUAAUGAUACAUCAGUUGCAUACAGAGUACCAGGUUUUGUAGGUCAGGUUGGGAUCAUAGCUUCCAUGUCUAAACCAUUCUGUGGUUCAUGUAACAGACUCAGACUGACAGCGGAUGGUAAUUUGAAGGUGUGUCUGUUUGGUAAUGCUGAGGUAUCGCUUCGAGAUGCUUUAAGAGAAGGCAAAUCAGAUGAGGAGUUGUUACAAGUCAUUGGAGCAGCAGUUGGAAAGAAGAAAAAGCAACAUGCAGGAAUGUUCAAGAUAGCCAAGAUGCAGAACAGGCCAAUGAUUCUGAUCGAUUCAUCUCCUAUGGAGAUUAGAAUGUUGGGUACUUUUCAUCACAGGAAUCCUGACAGCGUGUAUUCUUCAAUUAAUGUAGCAAAUCAGCAUGUGCUUCCAGUAUCAAUCUUAUUCAAUCAUGGUGUCCAUUCGUACAAAACCUAUCAUAGUUCAAGAGCCUGGAUCCAUUCCUCAACAAAGUCCUGUAAGAUUGACGACUCAAGCUGCAAAGACGGGUCUGGGUCCGAUUUGAGGCUGACCCACGUUGACUGCUCCGGACAAGCAGAAAUGGUGGACGUGAGUGGGAAGGAGACGACGGUGCGGGAGGCGGUGGCAUCAGGUAAGGUUCAGCUUGGACAGGAGGCUUUCUACCUUGUCCAGGAGAACAAGAUGGCCAAGGGUGAUGUCUUACGGGUUGCACAGCUUGCUGGCAUCAUGGCAGCCAAGCAGACUAGCGCCCUCAUCCCACUCUGUCAUAACAUCCCCAUACAGAAGGUGGAUGUUGACCUUCACCUGGAUGAGGAAUCUUUCAGCGUACUCAUCAGGUCAAAGGUCAAAUGCAUAGGUCGAACUGGAGUCGAGAUGGAGGCAUUGACUGCGGUCUCUGUAGCAGCUCUGACCAUCUAUGACAUGUGCAAGGCAGUCACUCAUGACAUGGUCAUUGCAGAAGUCAGACUGGAACAGAAAACUGGGGGACAGCGGGGUGAUUUUUAUAGAGAAAAUUAAUUAGUUAUGGAUAUCCACACCCAAUUUUUUGUCUUGCCUGCAUAGCAGUGUGAGACCAUAAGCCCGCUUUUCCAACGGCGGCGGCGGCGUCAACCUCAACAUUAAAAUCUUAACUAAGGUUAAGAUUUUGAAAUGUCACCAUAACUUAAAAAAGUAUAUGGACCUUGUCCAUAAGAGUAAUCAGGUAUCACUGAACGCCCCGUGCGAGUUUCAGGUCAUAUCACCAAGGUCAAAAGUCAUUAGAGUCAAUGAACUUAGAUUAUGUUGGGGGAAUCAAAACAAAUUCUUAACCUCGGUUAAUUUUUUUGAAAUGUCUAAACUUUGAAAGUAUAUGGAUCUAGAUCAUGAAACUUGAACAAGAGUAAUCAAGUAUCGAUGAACAUCCUGCAUGAGUUUCAGGUCACAUGACCAAGGUCAAAGGUCAUUUAAGGUCAAUGAACUUUGGCCAUAUUUGAGUAUUUGUUGAAUUGCCAUCAUAACUUUGAAAGUUUAUGGAUAUAGUUAUUGAAAUGUGGAUAUAGGGGUAAUCAGGUAUCACUGAUGAUCUUGCAUAAGUCUUGGGUCACAUGAUCAAGUUAAAAUGUCAUUUAGAGUCAAUGAACAUAGUAUUCUAUUAUCAUAUGAAUGGUGUUUUUUGUGAAUAAUUUUUUAUAGUCGUUUUCAAAGUCACCACUGCUGCUAUAUUGAAAUUGCAUAAUGCAGGCGAGACUGCUGAAGGCGUUCCACUUGUUAUUACCAUGAAGAGGUGAUAUUUAUGAGCUUUUUUCUAUAGGUACUACUUUGGUGCUUUUGUUUCUUGUCUAAGGUCUAGUACAUCAAUUAUUCAACAGUUUUGUAUAAUAGUGUCGUUCAGGUACUUGUGCACCUCAAUUACUGCCAAUGUUUGUUUGACUUUAUGGUUGUGUUCCGUCUCCUUUGCCUAUCAAUUAUACCUGUACUAGUUCCAAGAAGCCAAAGUAUUUAUCUUAGAAGUGCAUUGUAAAGAUUAUUAUAUUGUAUAUCUUUAGUUAGUAUUAUAUUAUUAGUAUUAUACUUUUCUAUCAUGACAUUUGUUUGGGUGAUCAACGGGAUGUGUCAGACCAUCUCUUAACCAUUUUAUUUGUGAUGCCUUGAUUUCAUGACAACAUCUCCCUCAUGUAAUUACUAGUCAGGAUUUGUUGUCAUAAGAGCAAAGUUGAGGGAGGGGCGAACCCAGCCAACCCUGUUCAAUGGGGACUAUGACAAAUUUCAAACUUAGACUACUCACUGACUAAUGAGCCACAUCAUUGUCUCAAAAAAUAUCUCAUGAGGUCAACAUUUUUAAAACGGUUAAAAAUAGAUAUAAUCACAUGAAUGUUAUAAAGCCAAUAGAUUUUUAUCACACUUGCUUUUUUUUUUUUGGGGGGGGGGUUAAAACCAGUUAUGCACACCUAACAUUGUCCCUGCUCCAUACCAGUACAGGAAUUAUUGAAUUUGUGAAUCAUUCUGUUUAACUCAAAACUAUAUAACUUGUGAUAUAUUUAAAAAUAUGUGGUGUACUAUAUUGUGUUUUUAUUGCAUGACCCUUUCUCAUGAACGGUGAUGAGUAUGAUAUCUUGCUUUUAUGGCUUUCCUUCCCUGGUUUUAUAUCAGUGUGAUGCAAUUAUAUUUUCUGAAACAUCUGCAAUUCCUAUUUUUUUAUAAGUUGGUAAGAGUUGUAUCAUGUAACUGUAAUCUGAAACUUUUUUUAAAGAAGUUUCAAUGCUGAUAUUAAAGGUCAAAGAAAGUAGUUGCCGUAAACAAUUAUUUCAUGGGAAAGUCUUUUAAUUUACAUCAAGGUUAAUUGUCACUAUAUUAUCAUAUAUUUAGAUCUGGUACAUUUAUGUAAACUUAUCUUUGAGAAAUCAUUAAAUCUUUGCUAAAAAACAAUUCUGAUGAUCACUUACAUAGAAAAGCAUAUGUGGGACAGUGUAUUAAUAUUGCUUGAAAAAAUACCCGACAUUUGAUGGAAUUCUAUGCUUAUUUUGCUAAUUUCUCAGCAACUACGCAUUUCUUCCAGAGCCAUUUGGCAUUUGCUUUUUUAUUUAUGCAUACAAACACUUGGGUGGUCAUUUUAUUGGAUUCUGUUCAAACUCAUUUUUCAAUCAUUACCACAAUUAUCUUUAAAAUUAGCAUGCAGUAUCAUACAUAAAUGUAUCACACCUUCCUUCACUGGUAUGGAAAUGUGAUUGAGUAUUGUCUGAAACAUCAGUAAUUCUUAUUUUUUAUUUCAACAAUGUGUUCAUUGUUGGUUGGUACUAUAGCGUAAUUGGGAAACCUAUCAUUUAUGCAUUGAAGCUUAAUGUUCAGAUUUCUCAGUGCCAUCCUCAUAUUCAUGCAUAGCUAUCAAUUGUAGUGCCAUUCAUUUGAAAUACAUGAAUUAUGUAAAUUGACAUCAGUCAAGUAAUUGUUGUUCCUAUCUAUACACAGAGUAUUCACUUCUUUUUUUACCUUUUUGCAAGUUUUAUUAUAGUUUUAUAGUUUUAUUAUUGGAAUGGUAAAUAUACACAAUUUUCUUGAUUCUGUGCAAUAUUACACAACAUAAUGAGGUAAUUUUAUGAUUUCUUUACUAUUUUUUUCAAAUGUAAGGAGGUUGCGGAAAUUGAAUUUAAUAUGCCACUUAUAUGUGCAUUAUAUCCAUGUAUGAUGCCCCUUACUUGAAUGAGAAAUGGAAAUUUAUUUUCACAAGAUAUAGGAGAGAUGAUGAAAUAUCAUAAAAGAAGAAGCUAAAUAGUCACACCAAAGAGGCAGUACAACAGGCAGACAGAGGUGAUAUGUCCGUCCUAUGAGUAAUUGAUCCCAAUGUGUGUCGUUCUAGUGCCUUUCAAUCAUAUAUACUGCUACUACUGCUACCUGGCUUGCAAUGUUCUUUAUUGUGACAAUCAUAUUUUGAAUAGCCAUUGAGACUGUAGAGUGAAUAUUGCAAACCUUUAUACAUUAAUUUUAUGAAAUUUUUCAUUCAUAUGUAAUCUACAGUAUUAUCAGUCUUAUAUUAUGAAAGGCAUGGGCUAACGUUACAAAGGUCUUAUUAAAAAAAAAAAAGAAUUGGGGGCCAUUUCAUAAAGCUG